AUGGCGCCCUCUAGGUCUAGAAACCGUAGGAGCGAUAUACCGGAGUCCUCCUUGCUGGAAAUCGUCAAAUCAAGUUCUCCCGUCAAUGAAAUGGAAGGCAUCAAAUACCAUCCCGCUAUCUCUCAAGCGCCAGAAAUGCUGCAACUUCCAAAUGAGUUGCUUGAAACUAUAGCCUCACACCUAGUACCUUCGACAGUAGUGCACACACUCGAAGGUACAUCCGUAGGUCGCUACAGCUCCCUAGUCCGUCAAGGCACGCGAAAUGGUCGCUACAUGUUGCAGAGCUGGCCUCAUAUUAAGUAUCUUCGGGAGUUUUCUGCAUUGUUAAACCUUGCUCUCGUUUGCCGACGCUUCAGUUCGAUCGUCGAACGCGUGCUAUACCGCGACAUAUCUCUUCCGACUCCAUCACUACACAAGGUUAUCGGUUUCUUCCAAUAUCCUACAUCUUCCACGGCGCGGCUGACUCGUACUCUCAUUCACCGGCCGGAUCUCGCAGCUCGCAUAAAGUCCCUGAGAAUGUGGAUCCCGGAUAGAAGGUUGGUCUGGACAGCAAAUGAGCCCAACCUGCACCCGGAGAAUCCUUAUUAUGAUGUGUUCAAGAUAGCAUCUGACCAAGUCUACCGAUCUAAUUUGCCUUUGCUUGGUCGGACAUUCUGGGGUAGAGAGCUAGAGCGCUAUCAAGAAGUCGAUCUAAGCGCCUUUCUUCUCUGUCUGAUACCGCGACUUGAAUCACUGGAGCUUAUGUCUCCAUAUGCGGAGUUUGAGGACCUGGACCCGCGUGGCCGACAUCGAUCACCGAAUGAAAAACCCAACUAUGCUGCAUUUGAUAUGGCUCUCAGCAUCACCGACUCGAUCAAGUCAAUCUACGUCACUUCCCGCAUACCGCUUACUAUGCUGCCAUCGGCGUCGUUAACUGAGCUGACUUUAGACAUAAUGUUCUUUGCAGCCAGGGAUGAUUGGUUGGCAACCAGUUCGGUUCUACCAAACGUGCGCACCCUGAUCGUUGAGUUGAACGUUCCACUACUACGGGAUAUGCACUUCGGUACUGCGACACGAACAUUGGCUGGUCCGCGGUCGUUCUUGAAAUUCAUGGUACCGAACAUCGCGACAAUUGCCAUAGAACCCUGCAAAGGUACAGAUCCGGAAUGUGCUCCUCGUUUUGAUCGAUGGGGCGCAAUGAUUCCAGAGCCUAGAAUGGAUCGUGAUCCCCAGGAUGUCAAUGAGACAUUUGGAAUGAGACUAAUCGAUCAAUACUUCCUGAAUGAGAAGCUUUCCUUGCCAGCCAACUGGUAUGCCUCUGCUGGCAUGGGCGUCAGACCUAUGUGGAAUCUCAAACCUUUCAGUCGACUGCGGUCUCUUCUUCUUCCAAAGAUUGCGAUUAUCGCCAAUCCAUACGCAGAAGACUAUGACGAGAACGAGGACAAGAGACAAGCUGUCACCUUUCUACCCCGGUCACUGCAGGAACUCUGUAUCACACAAGUGGAUGUAGAAGUAUGUGAUUGGCUACAAGCGGGCUUUUCGCAAGCAGCUCAAGACGAAUAUGCUCUGCCGAGUCUGGAAAAGGUCACGUUGAUAUUUCGAGAUGAUCUUCAACCGGCACUUCCUAUCGGCUUCGUGCAUGACGCCAAUGAAGUUGGUGUCCAGGUAACUGCGGUCUGGAGGGGUGAGAUGCAAGUGUUGGAGGCGGACGCACCUGAAGAAUGGUCAUGUAACGUUGCGUAUCUUCCAUGA